AUGACAGAUCUCGUGACCUAUCUCCAAUCCUUUGGCGGCACGGACGUUCCCGAGUGGAAAGCCAUGAACUGGUUCUUCUGCGCAAAGGAGUGCGCCAACAGGGAGAUGAACGAGUGGCUGAUUUACAAGCCCAUGAGUAUAUGCAAGGGUGAAAUGUGUGAGGUUUGGGAGUGGGAUGGUAAUGCUGAUAUUGUUGGCAUCGGGAUGAUGUUUGUUUACUUGAUGGGUGCUAUUCUUGCAAGCCUCUACGUCACAUCAUUUUUGAGCAGUAUGUAUGUCGAGAACGAUUACACCACCUUCAAAACUCGAACACCGUCGAAGGAACAAAGUGUCUGGGACAAUACUCACAGCAUGUUUUACAAUAGCCUCGGUGCGUUCCACACUGGUUUAGGCCUUUUGGCAGCUUCAGUCCUCCUCGCUACUCUCUUCAUCUGCGGUCGGAAGGAGAGCGUCUACGACAUUAACAUGUCACGUCUCGCCUGUGCUGUUUUGACAGCUAGUUACUUUCUCACUCUUCCAAUUUACCUCGACAUUGAGCAGAGAACUAUUUCGGGAAGUUUCUUUGGUGCUGUGGUAUGGUUGCUCUUUACGGUAGUGAUGGGCUUGAGUUCUACUGCCGAAACUGCAGCUAGAUUACAUGGCAGAAUGCCCUUUGAAGCAAAUUGCUGGGACUCAAAGGCAUCGUUUAAAGCCAGCAGUGCAAUAUUCGCUUUUUACCUUAUUCCGGCGGUCACUGCGAUGCUCGCCGGUUUGACGUACCUUGUUGGAAAGUGCACCAAGAGGCCAGCGGAUAAGGUACCCGUGGUAGGCUGGCUAUUCUUCCGUGUGCCGUGGAGGAUUUUGAGUUCUGUUUUCUUUUUCAUCUUUAUGUGGACUGCCCUUGGAAGUCUUUUCACACUGAGGGCGGAUAUUGCGAGCGUGAAUGGUGGAGGAGUGCAGGAAUCUGAGGGAUCUUGGGGGUUUGGACAGAUUCUGGCGCUUGCGACUUGGGUUCCAGUUGUGGAAGAAGCAAUUGUCAUUCUUUUCAAGAGCGGUUUAUACGUAAACCAGCGACGGACAAAUAAGCAUUAUAUUAGUGCUGAGGCACCCGCUGGAUCAGAAGAGGCAGAGGCGUUAGUCCCUGCGCGAACGCCAAAUCAGGAAAUGGAAUCUCUUAGGGACAUGCCUUAA